CAAAAGAUGGUAGUUAGGAAGGAGAAACCAAGCACUUGUCUUCGUAGGAAAACAGAGAAAAACCUCAAAUGAAGCUGCCCAUUUGGUGUCUGAACUGAAAGCCCAUUUCCCAACUGCCCUCCUUUACCCUCUUUAUAAACACCCUUUUUUAUUACUCGUCCUCAAUCCAUCCCUCUUAUCUCUCUCCUUAAUUUAUCAGUUCCUUAAUCCAUAAUCAUGGCUCAACUACCAUCUCACUCUUCUCCAAAAAGUGGUUCUAGCCCAAGUUCAAAUUCUUCUCCACGGGGAAAUUUUGCGAGUUCGAAUCCAAAAAGACCAGGAAAAUGUACCGAAACCCAACCAUUCAAACUUCACACUCAGCGUAGAGGGCUGUCUAAAGUAGAGCUCAUGGCAAAAUUGCAAGAUUUGCUUGCCCAAGAGGCUAAACAGCGAGUACCUAUUGCGCAAAAGCUUCCAUUGACAACAGAUAAAUCAGAGGUUUUGCCCAAGGGUCCAGUUAAAGAACAGACCAAGCCAAUGAAAAUUAAGCUUCACACACAGUUAAGAGCAGUGAAGCGAGCCGAGUUCAAUGAUUGGGUUGCAAACAAGAUUUAUCUUCUAGAACAAGAGCGGCUCAAAGAAGAGAAGCUUCUUAAGUUAAUGGAGGAAGAAGAAAUUAAGAUGCUGAGGAAGCAAUUGAUCCCACGAGCCCAGUUAAUGCCUCUAUUUGACAGGCCUUUCUUUCCCCAAAGGUCGACAAGGCCCCUUACCAUGCCCAAAGACCCGAGUUUUCACAUGAUGAGAAACCAAUGCUCACACUGUGUAAUACGCAGUGGACUCAACUCACUUCAUCAGCAUGUAGUGUAGAAAGCAAAGUGUUUUGAGAGGCUCAUUGCAAGAACGUCUACCAUAUUUAGUGAAAAGAUAAGAAAAAACAAAAAAGGAGAAGAAGAAGAUCGCCACCAAGCUAACGACGAAGCAUACUCGAGGCACAAUUAUAAACCUGUGAUCUUGCAAAUAGGUUGAUAGAGCAUGUCCAUCUUCAGUGUGGGUCCUCUGCAGUCUGUGUGUUACAAACUAUAGGUUUUCAUCCUUUGGAGAUGUACAAAUGCAAUGUAUGCUUUUCUUAGAAUGACCAGCAAUCAUGUACGUUAUAGUAAUCAAUAUGAGACAUGAUUUUAAGGAGUUUAAGCAUAGAAGCAUGUUUUUAAAGGAGUUCAAUCCCAUUUU